AUGUACUGGAAAAAUGAAGUUUUGUCCCCUCUCUCAGAGGGAAAUAAGAUUCUGUCCGACGGAAUUCCCACGAAACAGGUGAUCUCUAUCGAGCACCAGAGUACACCGGGAGCCUCGCGCUGCAGUGUGGAGUCCAAACACGCGACAAUGUCUCAAUCGGACGCAGAAUCGCAGCGGUCCAACAUGGAGCGGGAGGACACGCGCUCGUCCCCUAGCACCCCGUCCAGCCCCUCCGUGUGCUCGCCGAUCUCCACCGCCAGCUCCGUGCCGUCCACCGGGAAGAACGUGUGCGCCAGCUGCGGUCAGGAGAUCGUGGACAGAUAUCUGCUGAAGGUGAACAACCUGAUCUGGCACGUGCGCUGUCUGGAGUGCUCAGUGUGCAGGACGUCUCUGCGACAGCACAGCAGCUGCUACAUCAAGAACAAAGAGAUCUUCUGUAAAAUGGAUUAUUUCAGUAGGUUUGGUACUAAGUGUGCCCGCUGUGGGCGGCAGAUCUUCGCCAGCGACUGGGUGCGGCGCGCCAGGGGAAACGCAUACCACUUGGCGUGUUUUGCGUGCUACUCGUGUAAGAGGCAGCUGUCCACGGGAGAGGAGUUUGGCUUGGUGGAGGACAAGGUCCUGUGCCGGAUCCACUACGACACCAUGGUGGAGAACCUCAAACGAGCGGCUGAGAGUGGCAACGGCAUCACGUUAGAAGGAGCUGUCCCCACAGAACAAGACAGUCAACCCAAACCAGCCAAACGGGCACGGACAUCCUUCACUGCAGAACAGCUUCAGGUCAUGCAGGCUCAGUUCGCCCAGGACAACAACCCAGACGCCCAGACGCUACAGAAGCUCGCCGACAUGACCGGCCUGAGCAGGAGAGUGAUACAGGUGUGGUUUCAAAACUGCAGAGCAAGACACAAAAAGCACACGCCCCAGCACGGUGGGGUUCCCCAAGGUCAUCCCCAGUCCAGAAUACCCUCGUCCCUGUCUGAUGAGCUGCAUUACUCCCCCUUCGGCAGUCCUGAGCGGGCGCGCAUGGUGGCCCUCCAUGGGUACAUCGACAGUCAUCCCUUCUCUGUCCUGACCUCUCAGAGCCUCUCUCACCAGGCCAUGUCUCUGCCCCAGCUUCCCCUCAGCCGCUAGCACUCCACCGUGACCCUGCUGACCCCUGACCUCCAGACCCCAAGCCUCCAUCUCGCCGUCAGCGUCCUCGGCCGACACUGACCCGGAGGUCAAGCUUUGGGAGAAAAGACAAAUCUUACACACAGGAGCCCCGCCCACUCGGACACAGAAGAGGAAAGCUGAAAGCGUCUCCUUUAUUUUGUCUCUCUGGGGGACAGGAAUAUCCCACCUGCAGCCAAACGUCUGACAAAGCGUUUGUCGUCAGCAGGAACUCACAGACUAAAUGGUUUACGCCACCAAAAGGACCCAUUUUGCUUCAAGUGUACAGCGUCCUCCACUCUGCUCCUCCACCCUCCGACUGGAAGGUGGAGGGAGUUUUUGAAAGGAUGAGACUGAUCAGGGACGCAGGACUGAUGACUCUUAAACGAGAGUCAGAAUAUUGAAGAAAAACAAAGAGAAAGGGGAAAUUUAAGGCGGAACUGUCAUUGUGGCCCGAGGCCGACCACAAACCGAGGUAAGACUCCUCCCUCUUUCCUCUGUCGAGCAGCCAUGAAGGAGAAACGUUUAACAAAAUAUCUUCACUGUUGAAAUAUUUCUUUUAGGAAUGACAUUGUGAUUCUGCAUCUCAAACAACUGACACUUCCCAGCUACAUUUUUGCUAAAGAAUGAAAAUAUUGUGUGCCUUAUCUUUCCCAUCAAUAAAACUAAACUCUAGUUGUUUACAGCGGUAAUAUUCCAGCCUGUAAUAAGAUUUGGCCUCGUAUUAAUUUCAAAUCUUCCAUUGGUUGAAAUUCUAAAAUCUUUUGCGGCAUGCCGACUGCUUAUAAUGAAGGAAAACCACAAACAACAAUGUGUGUUGUUAAAUUAUUACUGUAAUAUUAAAAUGAGGAACAAACAGAUUUUAAGCCACAAAGCUGUUACUUCACUUCAAACUGGCGCAGAAGCAAAGGGAAGAGUCACACUUCACAUUCCUGCAAAAUCUAAUAUGUUACAAGUUACAUAUUUUCAUAUUUCAGGUGUAUUGUCACUAAUUUAUGAUUUUUUUUAGUUGUUCGUUCAGCCUCUGUGUGCAUGUGUCUUUCGUUCAAAGGAGGGAAAUGGAGCAUUGGUACAAAAUGGACAGUAGAAAACAGACUGGGUUGUACAUAGCUGUGUG